AUGGUGCACCUGCAGCCCCUGCCCCUCGUCGUGGUCCAGGGUGUCCUUCAGCUCGUAAGUCUCCUUUCCGGUGCCCCCAAUCCCCCCAAGCCCCUGCUGCAAGACUUCGGGAGAAAUCGGCGCCCUUCCCACCGGGGAGGGCAGCGGGCGCGGUUUGCGCUGGAGGCAGAAGCAGAUCUGGCCCCGAGCAGCCCGCACCUCACCAGCGGGCAACCUCCUGUCGCCCGGCACUCGUUUUUGUCUAUUUUUCUGAAAGCGGGGCUGUGCUUUUUUCGCGCGUUGGCUGCCUGGCGGGAUCGCGGGGCGCUCAGAUACCCGCGCAAAGAGCCGCUCCGGAGUCGAGGUGCGCCGGGCACUGGGCAUGCCCGGUGUCGGGAGCCGGCGCGGAGCCGGGCACCGCGGGCCGGCUGCCGAGCAACACCCAAAACUGUCCUUUCCCGGAAAGUUUUCUGCCGUCUUCAAGUGCCUCUUUUGGUGUGCAGGACACAUAGGCGGAGUCUGCCCACACGCCUGCCGCCAGAGCAGCAGCAGAACUUUGUCACCCCGCAGGCUGGGAACAGCGCUGAGUCGCACGCUGGCUUUCAUGUCUCCAAUUUGUGUGCUCUGCCUUACCUUCUGCACCAGUCUGAAGCUGAUGAAAGGGAAGAGGCUGAAACAGAGGGCUCUGUGCAGCCCCGCAACGAUGCCGGCUUGCUAGGGCCGAAACGAGUGCGAGGGAGCCAGAACAGCAGUGACAGGGCUGCAUCAGUGGCACCAAGAGAAGACCACGAGUCCUUCCUUUCUAUUGUGCAACAGGUCCUCUGUGAUGCUAAUCAGGCUGCACAAGGCACAGAGGUGCUGGACUGGGAAGAGAAGGAUGCUGGGGAGACGCUGGUUGAGAGCGUGGUGCACCCCAGGAUCAUCAACCCUCUGCGCCUCUUUGUGAAGCCAUCCCCAGAGCUGAAGCAUGGCCAGGUGUCCUACUCGGACAGCACAGACAGCUUUUGGGACUGGUUGUCCAACAUCACGGAGGUUCAGGAGUCUCUGGCACGAACUAAACGCAGACCUAUAGUAAAAACUGGUAAAUUCAAGAAGAUGUUUGGCUGGGGAGACUUUCACUCCAACAUCAAAACCGUGAAGCUGAACCUGCUGAUCACCGGGAAAAUCGUCGAUCACGGCAAUGGGACCUUCAGCGUUUACUUCCGACACAACUCCACGGGCCUGGGAAAUGUCUCGGUCAGCCUGGUGCCACCUUCCAAGGUGGUGGAGUUUGAAUCUUCUCCACAGUCAACACUGGAGACCAAGGAAUCCAAGUCCUUCAACUGCCGAAUCGAGUACGAGAAAACAGACCGCGCUAAAAAAACUGCCUUGUGCAACUUCGACCCGUCCAAGAUCUGCUACCAAGAGCAGACUCAAAGCCAUGUCUCUUGGUUGUGCUCCAAACCAUUUAAGGUGAUCUGCAUUUAUAUUGCUUUCUACAGUGUAGAUUACAAACUGGUGCAGAAGGUCUGUCCCGACUACAACUACCACAGCGAGACACCGUAUCUGUCCUCUGGCUGA